AUGAGUGUUUAUUCUAUUGCGACUGCAAAUAAAGUAAUGGCUUGUCUUAUUUGCGGUCAAGUCCAACCAAAAAAUUCGUUCUUGUCUCAUAUUUCGGAACAUUUAAAUUAUAAACAACACAAAUGUUUGGAGUGUGAUUUUACUUCGGUUACGCCUGAAGAGAUGGCUGACCACGAGGCAGCUAAUAAUGGACAUACAGCACAAUUUCAUAUUUUGCGAAAUCCUUAUAUGGACAGAGUUUGCCGUUUUAUUUACAAUGAUUGUGAUUAUGGUGAACGCAAUGGGGGUUUGGACAAUGUUCUUAAAAGAAAGUUGGCUAGUUCAAAAGAAGAUGAAACUUCAUCACAACAUAAAAAUAAUUCUGAAACAACAUCACAACAAACACUACAAGCUCAACAAAAUAAUGCGAACAGAGAAGAAUUAUUGUCAAAACAAACAUCUUUAAUACAACAACAAUUAAUUAGAGCAACAACAACGGCUAUAAUGAAAUCUGAACAUUUAAUUAACGAGUUCUCGGCUAAUAAUCCAACAAAAAAUCCAACUCCACAAAGAACAACAGAAUCUCAACCAAUUCCAAAGCCUAAAAAUUCUGAACCUUUGAGAGAACAAAUGCAGAAUGUUGUGGUUCGUAUAAAAAAUGCAAUUUCUGAAGUUUCCCAAUCACAAAACGAACAAAUAAGAACAGGUGUUUCUACAAAUGGAAGUAGUUCUUCUUCUCAUACAGAGACAUUAAAUAGCAAUGAGUGUAUGGUAGGGUUAUUUUAUUAA